AUUCUAAAUCUGUAAACUAAAUUUAGAUCGUUAAAAAGAGAAAGUGGCCCUCUUUUAGAUUUUUAAAGAGAUUCUCAAGGCAGAGUAAUGAAUUGUAAUUUCCUUUAUAAAAGAUCGAGGUAUUUUCAACAGGCGUCCUUAACAACUUUGGAGAUUUUUUAAAAUUUCAAUCUAAAAAUAUUUUUAAUUUAACCACGGGGCGGGAUAGUAACAGUUACUUAGAUCUAGAUCUAGAUCCAGUAGUUUAAGAACAUCUGUGACUCCAACUCCAAGAUAUUUUGUAGUAGAGAUCCCUGAAGUGCUUGUCCAACACCAUAAAACAUGGUUGUAUAGAACUGAUGUGACGCCAACAUCACAAUAUAUUGUUGUAGAAAACCUUGAUGUGCUCAUCCGUUAAAGCAGUGGCCACAAAGCCAAGCUCACAUCUGCUACUGCCCACCAAGGGUCUUGAUAUAGCCCUGUCACAGGUAGAAACACCUCGAAUACCCUUUACAUCCAAACCAGAAGGUCAAAGGUUAGAAGGAGCAACUCAGGUUCAUGCUGCUGCUGUCAAUGGAGAAAAACAGACACUCACAAGGCUUAUAUCAGCGAGCACAGAUACUGCUGAUCUGGAUGUGGGUGAUCAGUUUGGGAGGAGUCCCCUGAUGUACUGUGUGCUAGUGGACAGGCUGGAGUGUGCAGAGAUCUUGAUCAAAGCGGGGGCUCAGGUCAACUUGAAGGAUAAGGGAGGGAGGACUGCGCUGCAUUGGGCAGCUCACAAGGGUAACCUUAGGCUGAUGAAGCUGUUGUUAUCCCGUGGAGCUGACUGCAGGGAAAAAGACAACGAGGGACAGACAGCCUUACACCUGUGCACCAGGCACAAACUGCCAAAGUGUAUGGCCUUGUUACUGCGCCAGUUGACACCUGGGGAGAUAGAUGACCAGGACAAGAAUAAAAGGACAGCGUUACAUUGGGCAGCAUCUUAUGGUAACCUGGAGCAUGUGAAGAUGCUGAUCAAACAGGAUUCCAAUAUAGGUAUACCAGACACUGAAGGAAAGACACCCUUGCAUUGGGCUGCUAGCAGUCAUGAUAGAGAAGCUGUUAACUGUGUUAAACUUAUUUUAGAAACCACACCAAGUGUUAUCAACUGGCAGGACUAUGAAGGCCGCACUGCCCUACAUUUAGCUGUGGCAGAUGGCAAUGAGAGCCUAGUUACUGCCCUUACGUCUGUAAAGAACUGUAAUGUAUCAGCACUAGACAAUGUGUUUAGAACUCCAUUACAUUGGGCUGCUGUGCUGGGCCAUUCAAAAAUAGUUUCCAUAUUGUUAGAAAGUGGAGCGGAUAGCACCAGUUCAGAUUCCAAUGGGGCGACUCCCCUGCACUAUGCUGCACAGAACAACUACAGCGAGACAGUGUCAGUGUUCUUGUCAUCCAACUGUACAGAUGAGCCUGACCUGGAGGGGAGGACAGCUUUUAUGUGGGCUGCUGGGAAGGGAGCGGAUGAUGUCAUCAGGGUAUUUUUAGAACACAAUGUGGACAUUCAUCAGGAGGACAAAACAGGAGGCACAGCACUUCACGCCUCAGCUUUAUCUGGCCACAGCACCACAGUGAAGAUCCUAUUGGACCAUGGAGCCAAGCUGGAGGUCACUGACCAGGCUAAACACACCCCACUGUUCAGGGCCUGUGAGAUGGGUCAGAUGGACGUGGUCCAGACAUUGAUAGACAGCCAUGCCAGGGUGGACGUGCUGGACCUAGAUGGGAGGUCACCACUGCACUGGGCUGCACUAGGUGGACAUGCCUAUAUCUGUCAAAUGCUGAUCAAGUAUGGAGUCAAUCCUGAUGUUAGAGAUCACUCAGGGAGAGCUCCACUCCAUUGUGCUGCCUAUGGGGGCUAUGUCAAUUGUAUGUCAGUCCUUAUUGAACAAAAAGCAGAUCCAAACUUUCAAGACAAGGAGGGCAUGACCUGCUUGCACUGGGCCUGCUCUAAAGGACACCUGGAUGCUGUCAAACUCCUCAUUGAAUGUGAUGCCUUCCCCAACCACAUGGCUUUCACAGAGGACAGGUACACUCCCCUUGAUUAUGCCUUAAUGGGAGAGCACCAUGAAGUAGCCCAGUACAUGAUAGAGCAAGGGGCAUUAUCCAUUACUGGGAUACAGGAUAUUGCUGCACAAAAAAUACAGUCAGCUUUCAGAGGUUACAGGAUUCGUAAAACUUUUAUUGAGAGGAAGAAGUUGCUGAUGAAACAUGAGAAGCUGAAGAAGGAGGCUGCAAGGAAACGUGCAGCAGAGGAGGGCAAGAAAAUAUGUGAGGACCAGGCACCACGUAAAAGUGACCCCAACCUAACAUGUCAGUCACAUGACUCACAGCUGUCACAGACCAUAACGGAGCUGAGCACCACACAGGACAGACCACAUCACACCACAACAGAGCCAGCACCAGCAACACAGCAAGAUCAGGUGGAUGAAGAUGGUUUCAGUACAGCCACAACUAAAAAUACUCAACACAGCAAGUCAUCAGAUCCUAUGACACCAGCUGAAGGUUUCAGUGUAAAUACCAAAAACAGAAAUAUCCAUGCUGGUGAUAUAGACAAUAAAUCAAGGCCAGGAACUCUUGAUUCGGAUAAACAAAAAUUGGGAAUAAAACAAAAAGAACCACGUAUGCGUUCCACUCAAAGGCGGAGGCUGCCUGAUGUAGAAUAA